UUUUGACGAAUAUUGACAUACGUCUUGCGAGUCUAGACAGAAAGUCAUUUGUUACAGGCAAAGUGACAUGUAAACACUUGAUUUUCGUCGAAAAACACCGGAAGACUCACAUGUGAUAGUUUAGUAACGGUGACCGAUAUUUUCAGCGAUUGUUUCAGCAGUUAUCUGUGAUUUGUUGGUGAAAAUUCGUGUGUGUGUUGUUUUUUUUGGUGCGCGAUCAAGUUAACCUUGCUUGCUUUCGGAACCGGGUGUCUUUGAUGAUGGUGUUUUUGUGUACUCGAAACGGUUCUUGAUGGGGGACUACUUUGAGGAAUUCGCUGUUUUUUAAACGGAAUUAUGUAAGAUGAAAUGGAGUGUGGAGUCCAGAGCGCAAUGAUCAGCGUGCCACCUGGUGGCGAUUCCGUUCCUCAAAGUCUAGCGACGUCGGUUUUUCCCCCGCCAGAUUCCGACCAAGCACAGUUUGAAGCCGACAAAAGGGCCGUUUAUAAACAUCCUUUAUUCCCACUUUUGGCGUUGUUAUUCGAAAGAUGCGAAUUGGCAACACAAUCUUCGGAUCCUCAGUCCAGCGAUGCCUUCAAUUUGGACAUUCAAGCAUUUGUACAACAUCAAGAACGCGACCGCAAACCCUUUUUAGCAAACGAACCCGAAAUUGACGGAUUGAUGAUUAAAGCCAUACAAGUAUUACGGAUACAUUUAUUGGAGUUGGAAAAGGUCCAAGAGUUGUGUAAGGAUUUCUGUAAUCGGUACAUCACCUGUUUAAAAGGAAAAAUGCAGUCGGAGAAUCUUUUACGCUCGGAUUACCCUCAAGACGUUUUAGGAGCUGCAGGAUUAAUGAAUAACCUUGAAAAUAACAAUAAUAACAGCAUGAUGUCGCACGGAAAUUCGGAAAGUGGAUCGGCCUCCAACAGUCCGGUGCAAUACUCCAUCAGUCCGCCCCAACCGGUGGUGCCGGGUGUGGUCGACCGCCAAAUAGACCCUUACAUCCCGCCGUACACGGGUCCCGCGCCUCCGCAGCCCCCUUGCGACAACCUAGUCGUCCACGGCUCUACACCACUGUCCCAAAUCGGGGCUAGUAUCUGUUCAGUGCCACCUAGCGAAAGCUCGGGACCUCUUUCACCGGCCCCUACAACCCCUGGGGGGUCAGCCGAUGACUGUGACAGCGAUUUUACAACUCGUGGAGGACGUAAACAGAAGCGGGGGGUUUUACCCAAACACGCAACGAGUGUCAUGCGGUCGUGGCUGUUCCAACAUUUGGUUCAUCCGUAUCCCACCGAGGACGAGAAACGACAUAUUGCCGCACAAACGAAUCUUACACUUCUUCAAGUCAAUAAUUGGUUUAUUAAUGCGAGGAGGAGGAUCCUCCAGCCGAUGUUGGAUGCGAGUGCCCCACAGGAUAACAGUGCGGUGGGGAGUUCACCCACAAACAAAAAGAAGAAGAACCAGAAUAAUAAUCGGAGGUUUUGGACACAGGACUUUGCAAAUAUUCAACCACAAAUCGAUGGGGGAAUGUUGUCGAGUUCGGACGAUGAGGGAGAUUCGUACAGCAGCGAUGGUGAAGAAGGAAGUCUUGUGAUUGACUCGAACGCCCAAAAUGAAAUCAACCAAAAUGGGCAUUCUGUUGAUCCUUUGAGCUAUUCUAGCAGCCCCGAUAAUGCCCCAGAACGACCAUAAAACACUUUGAUUUCGAAAAAAUUCAUUAAUAAGGCUGAAUUUUAAUUAAAUUGUUUUAUCGAAACCUGUAUACGUAAUAUAUACCUCAAUUUACGUUUUAAAUGUAUACGCAUUUUUCAAGUUAAUGCUCAUUCCAGUAUUAUGUAUAAAAGAAAUAUUGUAAUUAUGAUACGGCCCUCUAUAUACUUGAAAAUUUUCUCUCUUCAAUCUCUCUUUGUUUUCGUCGUUGUAUAAAUCGUUGUAAGAUUCUAAUCGUCGUACAGUAUUAGAAUUAAGAUGUUGUUGAUGCGACAGUCGGAAAAAACACAAAAAGUACAUUCCAAAAAAUUGUUUUUUUGGACGUCGCAUUCGUCAAAAGUAUACUACUUGGAACUAAUAUACGUAAUUAUACAAUAAAUAGUAUAAGAUAUCCGAAAUUUCCAUCCAAUUCAUAUUUAAAGCUAUAGUACGUGUAAUAACAAAUCGAGGGCAUUUCUUUUUUUUUUUCAACUCAUGUAUACGUAAAGCAGUGUAUAUACGUUUUUAUAGAUGCUGUAGUGCGUGAUUGAUCACAUCUUUGGAUUAAAUCCAAGCAAUAAAAUCCAGUGAUGUGUCCCCAUAUCCGUGUUUAUUAUUUUGCUAUGUCGGUCUGUGAUAACUUAACGAUUGCUCGAAAGUCAUUACAAGAAGAAGCGUUUAGUAACGGCUUGAUCCAUGAUAGAUAAGUGAGCUUCUUGUGACUAUAUGUAUACGCUAAAUACUCAUAGAUAAGGUAAUUAAGAGAAACUAAACUAGGUCGAAUAGGAAAUAGAAUUGUUUUUUCAGUUCGCGAGACGCGUCCCGACUUUUUUUUUUCUUUUUCUCUCUGUUUUUUUGUUGUUGAUAUUGUUGGAAAAUUGUUUCGUUUAGGGGACGUCCUCCAGUAUUUUUUAUUGCAAUAUUUGUUAGUAAGCUACGUGUAACUUUGAUUGUAUCAAAAUAAACACAAAUUAAAAACAA